UGUGCCGCUAUGCGCGCUCAGCACGAGCUGCAGACACCUUGACGGUGGAGCUACAUGUGCGGCCAAAAGUGUCCUUGUUGGAAAUCCAGGCUAUUUCAAACGGACCUUAUUUGAUUGCUGAUAGACCGACUAUUCAACCUGAAAGCUCAGUUUCUCGUUACCUUUGAGCGAAACGAGACAGGACCAUCAUGAGCAGAAGAACACGACGCUGGAUAUUUCACAUGUUCCUUUGUCUCGGAAUAAUCUACUUGAAAAUGGGGCGAUUCUCCACCGUGCUGGCGCUGGGAGCGAGCAUCAUCUGCAACAAGAUCCCGGGACUGGCGCCCAGGCAGCGCAUCAUCUGUCAGAGCCGGCCGGACGCGCUCAUCGUGAUCGGACAGGGCGCGCAGAUGGGCAUCAACGAGUGCCAGUUCCAGUUCAAGCACGGCCGCUGGAACUGCUCCGCGCUCGGGGAGAGGACCGUCUUCGGAAAAGAGCUGAAAGUGGGCAGUAAAGAGGCUGCGUUCACGUACGCCAUCAUGGCAGCCGGAGUGGCUCAUGCCAUCACAGCCGCCUGUACGCAGGGAAACCUGAGUGACUGCAGCUGUGACAAAGACAAGCAGGGCUUCCACGGUCACGCCGACGGCUGGAAAUGGGGCGGCUGCUCGGCAGACAUCCACUACGGCCUGGGCUUCUCCAAAGUCUUUAUGGACGCUAGAGAGAUCAAACACAGCGCCAGGACGCUUAUGAAUCUGCAUAACAACGAAGUAGGACGAAAGGUCCUGGAGAGGAACAUGCGGCUGGAGUGUAAGUGUCACGGUGUGUCUGGAUCCUGCACCACCAGAACCUGCUGGAUGACCCUCCCCAAGUUUCGCGAGCUCGGCUACAUCCUCAAAGACAAAUACAGCCACGCCGUCCACGUGGAGCCGGUCAAAGCCACGCGCCACAAGCGGCCCACUUUCCUCAAGAUCAAAAAGCCCUUCUCGUACCGCAAGCCCAUGGACACGGAUCUGGUGUACAUUGAGAAAUCGCCCAGCUACUGCGAGGAGGACCCGGUGACCGGCAGCGUGGGCACUCAGGGCCGGGUGUGCAAUAAGACGCUGGUGCACCAUCCCAACGGCUGCGACCUGAUGUGCUGCGGCCGCGGAUACAACACACACCAGUAUUCACGCGUCUGGCAGUGCAACUGCAAGUUCUUCUGGUGCUGCUACGUCAAAUGCAACACUUGCAGCGAGAGGACAGUGGUGCACACAUGCAAAUGAGCGAUGCUUUUGCACAAGACCAUACUUCAGACUCACUUUAAUGGAAAAUCGUCAAGAUUGUCAAAGCUUUACUCUGGAGAAAGAAUUGCGUGGGAAGGAACGUGGAACUAAACGUGUAAAUGACUGUACCUUUGAUGCCACACAGCUUUCCUUGCUUUCUGCGAUAAAUCCUGACGCUGUCUGGAUUAAAAUAAGGCUCUCUGUAAAACCCAUAACAACAGCCUGCACCUUGAUUUCACCAGAGGAGCUACUGAGACACAGACGUCUUGCAGGCAUGCAGCGAAACGUACAGAGACAUUGACAAAAAGAGCAAAACAGCAGGGUUCCAGAAGUACAGGAGAGGACUUUCUUAUAACCUUUUGCUUCAAAUCAACCCAGGUGAAAAAAAAAGUGUACAAAAAGAUAAAAAAAGUAUCUAUAUACCACUAGUGUACCAAUAGAUGUUCUUAAGAUUAUCUUAAGAAGUACUAAAAAUCAUUUUUAGUGUGUUAAUUAAGUACCAAAUUAGUGUGUCAAAAUAGAGCACUUUAAGUACAUUAUGGAAGUGCACUAUUUUUUCUCUCCUGGGAAAGUUUGUAAUGAUUCAUCUUGAAACUGGUUAGUAAUAAUUGCCUUAUUUAAGAUUUUUUAUUUUAUUUUUUAAGUAAAUUCCUACAGAGAAAAUAAAUGGGAAAAGUACUUCUGGAGCCAAGGUUGCUGAUCGCUGCUGUGCUCUGUUGUUAAAUUCUUCCAAACAACUGAUUUUAUUUAUUUAUUAAAAGCAAUGUUGUUAACUGUUAUUAAUGAGACACUGGAAAGAAAUAGUGGAUCUGCAUCUCUGUUCAUGAAUACACUGAGAUUUAUAUCUUCUGAAAGUAUAGCUUUUUUAGUUUACAAGACAAGAAGCAAUAUUUUUUUUCCUAUGAGAUAUUUCCUGUAUGCUGCUAGUCUGGAAUAAUCACAUUCGCUGUAAUAUUACGAAACUACUGACCACAAGCUUUUUGUAACUGGUAUAGUGAUGAAUCCAGAUGUAGAAUUUACACUGAAAAUGUAAAAUAUUGGUUAGAGAGUAUAUUUUGUAAAAGAAUAUUUUUAUAUGAAUGUUUUAUUUAUGCUUUGUCAUUUCUGAACAGCCAUUGCAUUCCGUUUGCAUUAUGCAGUAAUUUUAAUUUGUAGGUGACAAAGUUGGAAUGUGGAUGUUAAUUAUUAAAAUCAAAUUUAGAUCUCGUGCAAACAUGGUUAUGUUGUUGCUAGUGGAAACCAACACUGUUACUAGUGCUCUUACUUAGGUUUAGUGGUCUGAACAAAGUGAUGCUAGGCACUAAAAAAGGGCAAAAAAUGUCUAGAGUAUAUCUAGAGACCAGCACAUUACAGACAGGACGGUGGAGUGUUGUCUUUGAAUUGGGCGAGUAAGCAUCACUCAACACCUGCUUUAGCAAACACAAAUCAUGUAAAGCACCGCUCACAGUUCCUUCAGAACAUGUUGUUUCUGUUAGCAGUGUUAGUGAACCUCUUGUGUGAUAAACUCAGGCUGAAUAAACAUCACACAACAGCAAUGAUCACAAAUGCUCUGUGCUGGACAGUGAUUCCAGCUCCGCAUGUAAUUGAUGAGCGCAGGGAGUGUUAUGGUGAUGACUUGCUCAAGUGGGCGGAGCUGGAGCUGUCAGGUGAUUGAUGACUUUGACAUUUCUUUCAUUCAGACCUUUGCCACUAGUUGCUAAACAACUGCAAUGCCUGCUGCAAAAUGUCCUACAGAUCGCCAUGCACAUGGUAGCAUUCAGAUAGCUUUCUCGAAAACAUUAACACACGGAAAGAUAAGAAAUAUAUCUAAAAAGAGGACAAUAGUAAUCGUUUGAUUUUUAAAGUCGACAGAUUUAAAGUGAGCUGUUGAAGUCAGUUCAUGUUGAUUCAGUUUGGUUUAAUAACAAAAGGAUGCUGACACAUGCAGACAUGGGUUUGAGACGUUGUUUUGUUUUUAAUAGGCCACAUAUUCUAGAGCGUUCUGUGAGAUUGAUACAUUCUCCGAUCAUCGGAGCACAGGGACAGAUGUCAGAGCUGAACUUUCAACAGAUAUAUGCUUUUCCACAGUGCUUGAUCUCGCUUUAUGUAGUCCUUUCUGAUUAUAAUGAACAGCAAAUGUUGAUCGGACCAUUUUUCACUCAAAUUGAGGGUAAAAAACACAAACUAUCAGUAGACCAAAGAUAAUAAUAAAAGCGGUAAUUGCAUGUAGUGAAGAAGGGGAAGAAACGUGUGUUUUGCACCCGCUGCCUGUCUAUAAAUCACCCAACACAUAGUUCCAUCAGUCAUACGUUUGUUUUUCAUCUGGUUGAGACAUGCACAUGCACCUAGAGGAGCAGUCUUCUCCAUACAUGUGCUUGGUGAAUCUGUAGGAUACGUGUGCCUUUGACUUCUGAAGGAAAUCAUUCUUCUGAAGAAUAGUUCACCAACACUUCUGCGUCCUCUGUAUUAUAGAAUACGUUUUUUCAUGGGAUAUGAAAUGUUGUUUUUGACAGAUUCUCUUUGCCUGUAACCUUUCCAAAAGGUUCAAAGCUUCAGAAACCCCACAGGGAACAUUACUAGACGCUUCGAUUAGACUUGUAAAGUCACAGCUCUCAGGUUGUUGAGAAAGAAGAAAGCUUCCCCUUUAGGUGUGUAUUUCGCAACACUGUUUGAGAUAUGGGGAGAUGGAUUUGGGAGUGAACUUAAGCAACAAGUGCCUUUGAAGAUCAUCGUAUAAUCGUAGAGUCCCAUAUGAUACUUUUCAUCUUUGGCUGUGUGGUUGGGUGUGGGGUAUGGUGGUCCCUCCACCUUUAAUGUUAUCUGAGAAAUGAUUGCUGCACACCUCAAUGCGAUGAGAUUUAUUCAGGAGCUAUCCCAUUUUCUCUUUGGGUGUGAAUUCCUGACACAAACCUCAUUUUACUUUAAGAAAUCCAUGCUGCUUAUUGCAUAAAGCAGACAAAGUUUCCAUAUUUGUUCAUAUUUGAUUGAGUACACUGUGAAAAAAUGUUGCAUGACCUAAAAUGUGCUUCAUGUAAAAGCAUCUAAAUGAAAUAUAACUGGUUUUAUUCAAGUCAGAAAUAUGAUCUAAUAUGACUAAAUCGACCUGCUACAUACGGUUCCCUAAUAAAAAAGUCAUAUAUUUA